AUGAUCAAGGAUUCCCGCAAAUUUCAUUUCACUAAUUAUUAUGAGUAUAAAGAAGUGCAAUAUAAGCUUAUUUCCCGUUAUACAGACGUACUUGAUACGUACCAUAGCCGUAUUGCCACUAUCACAAUUAUAUUAGAUUUUUUACACUUGUUUAUUCCUUCCAACGUCAAGAAGGAUUACGAUGCAAAACGUGUCGUGCCAAUGCUUGUCGGUAUUGAUGUGGAAGAUAUGCCUGAGACAUUAGCUGUAGGGGAAUCAAACGAAAAGCACAAGGAUGAAUUAAAAAAAUUCCUUUUCACAAAAAGUAACAACCUCGGAACAUGCCGUAGAAUCAUAAUGGCUAAGCUGUUUAUAAAGCUUCUUCAUCGUUGUUUUGCUGCGAAUGAUUACACAUACGCCAGUGUGAGAUCAAAUUGCAUCUCUUUUCUUAGCCAAGUUGAUUUCCACUUAAUUUGUAAGACUUUUCGAUUUCCAGUCAAGAACCCACUUAAUUUCCAAGAUUUUUCUAUUCUCAGUCAGUCAGUCACCCA